CCCCCGUCCGUAGUCGUAACCGCGCGGAUACCCGACGAUGCGCACGUGGAUAAUUACUAACGCCCCUAGGAGUGCGCGACUGUGGUCAUCCGGAACAAGAGCGUACGCAGUACGACGCAUAGCGAUGCAAUGCCCCGAUCCACAAAUACGAAGGAGGCAUCACGGCGAUGCACUCUCCGCUGCUCCUUACUCGAUUGUCUCGCGAACACAAUUGAAUGUGAAAGUUUGGCUGUUCCUCCGCGUCCACAUCGGCCGUACGACAGAGGAAUGCGACUGUUGUGAGCACGGAGGAGUUUUACGUUCACACGUCGCGGAAACAUUAUGCAAAAAUCUGAAAAAGUUUUAGAUAUUGUCCUCUAAAAUCGGACAAUUUUAAAAUCUGAAACGUUUAAAUGCAGCGCUCAUCCGAAAAAAGAAUAAUUGGAGAAAGGCAACGGGAGAGUUCUUGCACAUGUCUGAAUAUGAACGUGGUUUUGACUACUGGAAAGUUGUAGGUUCCACAAGAAGCCGGCGAAUUCAGUUACUUCAGCAAUUUUGAACAGUUGCACGCGACCGGGCGGAGCACAGACACAUAGUCACUUUAAGAUGUUUUUCUUGUUCGUGUUUUUUUGUUUGUUGUGGUUGCACCCGAUUCAAGAGCCGAAUGGCUCACAGGGCUAUACCAAAAUAAAUCAACUAAAACGAACUAAAACUAAACUACGCGAAGCAAGAGUUGUUGAGCGAACGUCAUGGACAGAGCUGGGUGGAGGGAAGCCCACGACCGCCGCCGACGUCUUUGAGGACAGGAUCGUGGCGACGAAGGAGAGGAGGUCGAUAACAGCGUGGCUUGGGAAACGUCGAUGUGUGACGUCCGCGCGUCGUGCGGCGACCGGCGGGCGAAGGUCCCCGGAGCGAGUGCGGCGACUCCAUCAUCUCGCCCGCGGCGUGUUGCGCAGGUUGCUGAGGACGCUGGCGAGCCAACCAGAUGGGGUGGCCUCCCUGAGGGCUCACCCGACCCUCCAAUCCACGCUGCAGCGAGUGACCGCGAGCGGGGGCGCCGCGGGACCGGAGCUCCUGGAGGAGGCGUCGGUGACACUGAGGAAGCUGCAGCCCCUCCCCCGGCCGCCCGCCCCACGGAUCGAGGUGCUGGGCCCGCACGCCGUGCGGGCCUCCUGGGAGGCCCUGCAGCCCGAGAGCGGCGUCUGCGUCACCUACCGCCUGUUUGACCGGGGCGAGGUGGCCUACACGGGGCCCGACACGAGCUGCGUGCUCUCGGGCCUGGAGCCCCACACCGCGCUCAGCCUCUCGCUGCAGGCCCUCUCGCCGGGGGACGACGGUCCCCUGAGCGCGCCCGCCGCGGCGCUCACCGACGACGGCCCGCCGGGCCCGCCGGACGACCCGCGGCUGACCGCCUCGGCUGCCUGGUGGGCGGCCUGCGGCCCGGCGGCGCCGUCGAGCUGGCGGUGUGCGCCGUGA